GCGGGAAUGACACGGUCAUGGGAAACUUUGACGUGCCGCACCCAAUGACGCUUUCGCCCGUCAUAUCCUGCACAAAAACGCCCCCGUUCGGUGGUCACCAAGCGUAUUAGUAUUUUGCAUGCGCAGGUACUGGUGCAUGGUCUGCUACUCCAAGACUUGAUCAGAAAUAUUUGCUCCUGUUCAUCUGGGAGGUGAUAGAUAAAAUCGCAAUAAUUUCAAGUCUCUGUCUCUAACGUCAGUCAGCUAGUUCUUGGUCAAUGACUCGUGCUGGGGACGUUUCCAAGCAGGAUGUCUCAACUUUGGGCACUACUCCCUGUACACGAUUCGGUUUCAGGACGCCCUAAUUGACCACCAGGUGGGUGCAAACAACGCACACACGAACACCGUGAAGAAGGAGUUGCGGGUAUCCUGAGUAAAAACGUACCCAUACCAGAGUCAGGAUGGGGAUUUUGCAACACAAACCUAGGAGUUUUGUGAGUCACGCAUUACAAGUUGCGCUAUGCAGUGUAGUGCAGGUUAGCAAGUGCAGCCGCAUCACAGAUUCAUCUGCUCAUCCUGUUCACAGCAUCACAACUUCCAAAACACGACUGGAAAUGGCUAUCAUGGGGAUGCGCAUUACAAGUCUUCCUGUCUUUGCAAAUCUGCAUUACAACUCUGGCGUGGGUACGUUUUUACUCAGGAUAGCGGGAGCGCGGAUUCCACGUUCGGUUCGAGAUUUUCCUUGCGUAUGAAAUGUAAAAAUGUCUGGGUCUGGAAGAGUCAUGCUGUUUCUGCAUGACACAGAAGGUCCGUCAUGGAAGCUCUAGCAUCACACGUUUCGAGAAGCUUCCGCAAUGCCGAACCCGCAUGACAAAUCCCCCAUUUUGGUGACAGAAAGUGAGCAGCUUUUGCUACCUAUGCAUGAGAGAUUUUUGUGUGUUCUGAAAUGCGCAUCACAAGUUGCAUUCUUCCAGACCCAGACAUUUUUACACUUCAUAUCGCAGACGGGACGACGAAAAUCACCGAGACUUUGCCGGCCGAACCGUUUCAGCGGCGAAGCUUAAAGGGUGCACACAACCGCUACUUCUUUCGAUGGAACUACCUGUUCCAAUCGUUCGGGGUCCAGCAUGCACCGAACAACGCUGGCACGACGCAGCUGGCGAACGCAGACGGGGGUGGUAGCAGCUCGACAGCAGGAGCGCAGGGAACGGCCAGCGCUAGUGGUACCAACGCAGGCGGAAAUAAUCCCACCCGCGGAGGGGGCCAGCAAGAAGACGACCGGAACCACAUCAAGGGCACCUUUUUGACCCAGUCCCUGUCGCGGAACGACGCCGAAAACAGGAAAAACAACUACGCAAUGAAUUUGAUCCAGUUGUUGUACGAGUUUGAGCACGGACAGAUAAACACCUCCGGAUUCCUAAGUGCGUUCCACGCGCUCGAAGCCCAUUUCAGGCCAGUGGGCAGCGGCAGCGACGCCCACCAGGGUGCUGGUGGAUCCCUGCGCAGGCUGCGCGGCGACCGCAACCCCGGCCCACCGCCACUACGUCGGGGCAUGCCAAACGGUAUGGGAAUGUUCGAGGACCGGGGAGACAGCGGUCACAACAGCGGGCCUGCUGUGGAGCCGCUGCCGUCGACGUUCAAUUAUUUCCAGGAAUUCAUUUUCAAGUAUAAUCCAGACACCGGCGCAGCGCAAGCAGGUGGGCAUAAUAAUUUCGACAUGCUUGUGGAUACUCCGGGGGACCAUCCGAAUUUCGGGAGCGCGCUUGGUCGGUUUGGUGGCGGACACCAGGAGAGCAGCAGCUCCGGCACCAUGAAGCUACCCUUUAGUGACAAAGAUCCGCCGGGGGUGCAGGAUGAGUCCUUGUCCUGGUUUCUACGGGAACGACAGUUCCCCAACUUGCGCGUGGACCAGCGCGAGGCCCCGCAGCGGGCCAUGCUGCUUGCAAGCAUGAUGGGUUACUUCAUGACGCAGAGAAGCAACCGCGCACGCGACGAGCGGCAGCAGCACCACCUUCUCGACCAGGACCCCGCGUCUAUCGGCGGUGGCACGUCGAUGAGAGGUGGUCCACUUGGUAGCAUGUCGGGCGUCAAGGGUCUUUUCACCGGUGGUGGGCAGACCGUCGGUGGCUCCCAGUCUUCCGGAAAAAGCAAACCUAUUGAGUACGAGCCGCGGUUCCCGGAAAAGUGGAUCCGGUGGCUGCUGCAGACACUGCCCCAAACCGCAAGCCAAUUGAUAAUGCGACAGGAGUUCACGAAAGAGGAGCUCCACGACCACAUGCGCGCCUACUACGGCGCAAAGUGGCAGCAGCAAGCUGUCAAGGGACUCUCGGACAUAACCAAAGCUAACUACCGCGACAUGGCGGACUUUGACUUCCUUCGCAUUUUGCCGUUGCUGCGUUCCUUCGGCAUUUCGCCGUCGCCAAUCGCGUUGAGCGCGUUUCCCACCGCGCAGAUGCGGACCAAGGCCGAGGCCAGCUUCAUCAAGCGGUGCACGGCUGCAGUGAAGCAGAUCGAGGUCGACUACGGGGCGAACGGGGACAUCGCAAGGUUCGAACAGCUGUACUUGCAACAGGAGGGCCAAGAGCGGCGUCGCGAGGUCGAGUGUAACGACUUGCUGCCCCGGUACUUUCAGAGCGUCGGCCAUUUUGGUUGCUUUAUUGAGUACUGCCCGUCGCUGCAAAUUCUCGUUUCCUACAUCGUUACGCGACUGCCUCCGCGACUGCUCUGCCUCGUGGACGAAACUACCACCGACCGGGUGGUUCGGCUCUUCUUCGAGACCGAAAACCAAGCAGGGAUAGUGCAGCAACAUCCCGCGGCCGCGGCGGGUACAAACCAGGUAUUGGUCGUGGACCAAGAACUGUGCAGAUUCUUCCAGCAAAAACUUAAUACGAAUUCCACACCACCUCUGCCGGACCGGCAAUGCUUAAUUCUGCCCUCGUAUUUGUCCCUGCCCUACGUCGAUCACACCGGCGGGGGCGGCGCAUCCAACGGGCAGAACAGCCGUGCGAUCAGCGAUUACUGUGCGGAGCGAAUCACCUGGAGUCGCAACCAGGCCACUGCCGGUGGCGCCGCGGGGGCCUUGGAUAUACUACCGGGUGCCGGGGGCCGGGCUGGUGCGGGACUAGCAGUCGCCGGGCGCGGAGGCGGAGGUGCCACGGCGCUGUUGGGUGGGAGCGGCCCGAAUGUAUCUCAGUUCGAUCCGCAUAAUUACGUUGCGAACCUCAAUUCCCGUCAUGCCGGCGGCGGGAUGGUGAGAGGAUACGGCACGAUGCACACCUCGGGACAGAUGACGCCACUGAUGGCCGUCGUGCUGCACUUUCUCGAGUCCUUCGACAUUCGCGAGGCGGACAUGCAGUUUCUGCGCGCCAUCUGCAAGUUGUUCGACUACAGCAGUGCGUGCGUGCACGCGAUCCUGCGGAAUAGCACAAGUGUCUACUCCUUGAACUACAACUCGAUUCUGCAGCUCCUCAGCCUUCCGACCAACGUCGAAGACAGCAGACGGUGCGGCAGCGCGCUUCUGCAGUGGAUUCGCGAAAAGUACCACAUGCAGCACAGCAGCAGGGCCGACCACGCAUCUCGGUUGCUAGUGGUACCUGGCACGGCGGCGGUACAGCAGCAGGUGGAUGACGACAUGGGCGUGCUGGUAGAUGCGCAGAUGAACAGUAACACUCUCGCCCUUGAAGCGCGGAUGAGCGGUUUCGAACAAACCAUGCAGCAGACAUUCAUCGCGUUUUCGCACUUCGUCAGCUGCCAGAAGAUCCGUAAGUGGCACAACAAGCUGCUCGAGGAGGUCAGCCAUUUUUGGUUCUUCAACCAAGUCGACAGCUACAAGCUGGUCAUGGGAGUCUUGAACAUCGAGGACAAGUUUUCCUGGGAAGUGGCGCGCUUGGAAAACCCGCACGAGCAAUUGGUGGUCGCGGACGUGACGCAGAAGAUUUUGAUGUCGACGCGCCGCGUCAUCACCGACGCGUACGAUGAAGAUCCUACACUGCUCCGCAUCAUUUUGCAGAAACCGACGAACUUUCGGUUCGAACUGCUAAACCUCAUUUUAGAUCAUCGGAUUGGGCACAACACGAACCACUUGAUGCAGAAUAUGGUUGGCGGCACCAGUGCACGGGGAGGAGGUGUUGAAGCUGGCACAAGCUAUAAUCUCGGCUUCCAACAGCAGCAAGGUCAUCUCCUUCAAAUGGACAUGGAGGAUGACCAGAUGACCGGCGUAGAAAGCGGCAGCGCAGUCGUGCUGCAGCAACAGCAGUUACAGUCGAUGCAGCAGAGCAGUUCGACCAGGCAAGAUCUCUUGUCGCCCGUGCUGAAGGAGGCCACGUUGAUUCAAACCAUCGUGACCACGUAUAACCCUCCUGGGGGACCAAGACCCUCCCGCAACCAGACCGCUGAGCAACACGAGAAGCAAGUGAAACGAUACAGAGCGUCGAACCUCGGUACCAAGGUCCAGAUGAUCCAGGAGCGUCUGCAGAGGUUUCUGAACCGGAUCUUCUCCGCGAACAUCCAACUCCUAGAGCUGCACGACAUGCUGAAACACAAGGUCAAAGGCUUUUACACACUCAUUGCUCUGUUCAAUCUGAAGCUGAGUUGCAACGGGGCGAGCCCGGGUGACGAGGCGAAUAAGCAGAAGGAGUUUUUGCAGCAAUUGGACAGAGAAAUUUUACUAAAGUUGGAAAAGACCGGAACCGGUAGCGCAGCGCUGACGUCGAAGCAGCUUUAUUCGGUUGCGCAAACGCGAGAGCCGCGGCUGGAUCCCUUCACUUUCGAAGUGGUGGAAGCGCGCGAGCGGCAACUGCGCCAAUUUGACGCGGAGCUGGAGCAAUUCUCGAUCUACGUCAAGAUGUACUGCAAGUCUGCAAACAUCGAGUGUUCGGAGUUGAAUCAAAAAGUGGAAACGCUGCACAAAAUCUACAAUUUUAAGUCUUUGGUAUCGGCGGAGCCCGAGUUCCUGUACGAGCCGGUGUUGCGCCACGUGAAGAAGCUCUACGACUUGCGCAACUCGGAGCUCUUUCUGGACAUCUGGCGCCGCAUCGGCCUGCACCUCCAAGAGUUUGGCAACCUACAGCUCUUCCGGUCGAAUAUGUUGAGAGGAACAUCAUCAAACACCUUCGUUGGAGGGUCCUCGAGUCAGCAAGGCGCACUCACUAACAACAGCGCAGCCACGACCAGUGGCGCUACCGCAGGGGGUGCAGAGGGCGCAGGCGGGACCAGUAAGGCACAAACCGAGGCGGAACAGAAGAAACUGACCGCGCAGCUGAGCACCCUAAACAUUUCGUUUACCGCCGUCGAGCAGUGGAUCGAUGGGAUCCCGAAGCCGCCGCCUGAUUCGAAGCAGCUACAGAGGCAGAACUCCAUGCACAAGGAGCUGUCUGUUGCGGAAGAGGUGGGGAUCGAGUUCCAGGCUCUGGACGACCAGGUUCCGGUGUACGGUCUGUGCCGAGAGCUACCCAAAGGACCAGCGAACGGAACAACGACCUCGGACGACGCCGCCACUUCUAAGCGUCCCUACACAAUGAGCUUGUGGGAAGUGACACCCUCAGUCGGCAGCUCCUCGUCGGGAGAGGCAACAUCGUCCACGCUGGUCGCGCAGUGCACCUGUAACGGCGCCAAGAUUAAGAUGCCAAGCAAUUACGGCUCUGAAGAGAUCGAAUACAUAACGGGCAAGUUCCAGCAGCCGGUGCUGCUUAAGAAGCGGUGGCAGUACCGCAUUUCCGUCCAGGUGCAGAGCUCCAAUGGAUCAGCGGCAAGCGGGAACAGCGCACUGCAGAAUGAUUUCUACUGGGGAAGCUACUCGAGGACAACAGGGAAGGAUAAUUCCCUCUCUGUGGCCACAUCGCAGACCGGUGCGACCGCGUCUACGGAAAGGCUGACGCCGCAGAUGCUGGGUCGGUUCAACGGCGUGAUCUGGGGACACAAGAAAGGCGAGUUCCCGAGUCAAAAGGCUGCAAAAUCCCGCUGCGCGCCGUCUAUCGGUGUGCUCGUUGACAAGUACAUCCUGGCCACCCGGGCAGAGCAGGUCGGAUCCCCGUCGGAGGCUGCCAGCAAAAACAACAAGAGCGUCGGGCUGACGAGCACCAUGAGUCCUCCAAACACAGGGGCAAUCAAUGCCGGCGGUGCGGGUGGGAGCUCGAGUUCUGCGAGUGCCCUGCUGGCUGGCGCGGCGAGCGGCGCGAUGGCAGUGGUUUCGGCUGCUGGGGGCGGGGGCCUCGACCAGAGCGGUUCGGAUGCGCGGCAGAAAAAGAUGAAGAAGCUCGUGGAGAUCGAGCAGUCGCUAGCCGUGACGGACAUCAUUCCGACCGCCUUUUACCAGUGGGACGACCUUGCCGAGAACCUGAUUUUCGGGCACCAAGACCUCGAAACCGGCUUCAAGCUAUUUGGCGUGCUCGGUAACCGCACCGGGCGACCGACUCUCAGUACUGCGGCACUGCAGAAAGAGGUCCGCUUGCUACAAGCGAUGACGGACAUCAUUCCGAAGUACAAAGGGCUUGAUCAGCUGAAGCAACAAAAGCACUACAGCCGGCGGAAAAAUGUGAACGAUUUGUAUGUCGAGAGUGGUUCAGGAGCCGGCGGCAGGUGCAAUUGGGCGGAUGUUGCGCUGCAGGACAUAGCAGAGCUUCGCUUCCUUGAGCGGCUUUCGGUGUGGAUUCCGGGUAUUCUCAAGUUUUACCACACGAGCAAGCCCUAUCUGUUUCCGGAGGCGAGCGCCGACGAUCCAUACAUCAAAAAUCUGGAGCAGUGUGCGCAGGUGGUGCAGAACGCAAAAGCAACUUGGGUUCUCGGCUCCGUGCGCGAGGAAGUGGUACCCUUCAAGCGGUACCUGGACGCAAUUUCACACGACCACCAGGAUUUUCUAACAACGUUUGCAAACCGCCGAGAAGUGCUUCUGUGGCUGUUCUGUCACACGGACCUGACCUCGUUCGACAAGAAAAUCCGGCUAGUCCGUCCGUGUACCGACGACGAGGUCCUGCUGCGUGCCUUGUCGCAAUUAUCUGAACUGCGCCGCACCGUUUCGGACCUGUUCUACAAGGGGCACCACGUCGACGCGGCUACUGACGUCAUGGCUGACAUGGCGUCGGUUAGUGAGCAGCAACCGCAGAGCACAGAUGUAGGCGCAGCGGGUGCAGCUGCAAUUAUCGGAACCACGGCGCAAGAUAAAGAUCAAGAGGAUGAUGACGCAGCGAAGGCGAAGGCUGCUGCACUGCUCAAGAUUGCCGAACACGCGAAGAACUGCCGCCACUUCGAGUCGCUCGAGGCAUUUCUCAACUGCUACACAUCCAAGGAGAACGGCCUACAGUUCACCUACAAUGCCCAAAACAAAUCCGCGUUCGCCUCCAUGGCUCAGGUUGCGACCAAGAACCAAACCUUGAUGAACCAAUUCUACCAGCAGCCGCUCGGCCUCCAGCAGCAGAACAUCAAGGCCUCCGGAGGUGGUAGUAAUACCGAGUUUCGCGAGUCGGAGCAGCUGAGUUGUUUGUGCGUGGUGACGGUGUCCUGGGACCGUUUGCACGACCUGCUCGAGCGGAACACGCUGUCGCCCGGCAUUAAGGCCUGUCGCGACGUGAAGCCGAUUCUCUUGAAAGGGCAGUUCGUGUUCCACGGAACCGCGGAUACGAACUACCAGCUCGUGUGCCGCCGCACCCUGGAGAUUGCGGGGGGUAUGAUCGAGAACGUCGACGAGAUGAAGUUUGAGCAGCUGGCGGAAAUGCGGCGGCUGCUUCUGAUGACGGACCCGCAGGAGGACGAGGAGCAGAACAAGCCCUCGGCGACGGCGGGCGCGGACACGGACGCCGAAAUGGAUGAGGAAAUGCCCGACGUACUGCUCGAGAAAGUGCUGGAGCUGGAGCGGAACGCGAAGGGGCUGGUGCUGGAACCCGGGCAAACGUCGACGGUGUCCGGGACCAAUGCCGACGGCUUCACCGCGGAGCAUCAGCGUGUUUACCGGGCGUACGCGGAGAAACGGGUGAAACAGAUGAAACUGAAGGAGGUCGUGGACGAUUUUGUCGACAAGCUCGAGGUGCUGGAAGACAUUCGGCAUUUGGUCGCGGAUUUGUACAGCAACGGUCACUUCGACUACGCGCACGGCGAGGUGCUGCGGAUCUCGCCCCUGGAGUCCACGGCUGCGCUGCGGCGCAAGAAGGAGGAGCUGCAGCAGGUGCUUUCGGAGUGGACGACGAGCAUGCGCGACAUUCGGGGCCAGUACUACUGUCUCAACUUCUUCGUCGUCAAACACCUCCAGAGUCUCCGCGACGACAUCCGGCUGAUUGAAAGCUCGCUGUGGGAGCGCGGGUGCUUGCCGCUGAAGCCCCAGUACUCGGACCAGGAGCUGCGGGCGGAUUUCGUGCACCUGCUUUCCCAGCCGGGGAGUGACGGAACGCCAGCGACGCAGCAGCCUGUACACCUGCAGCGUGCCUCGGCGCAGCUGGCUUUACCGGCGGCUGCUGCCGGCACUGCGACGCCGAAGAACGCGGCGACAGCGGGCGGCGGCGAGGCCAAACCACCUCCCUCUGGCACGAGUGCGGGAGCCGCGGCGAGCACCGGUGAGCGGCCUUCCGCAACGACGGCGGCGGAGGCGGUGCUACUGUACCCGGGAACAUUCCUGCAGACGCUUGACCGUAUGCUGGACGUGCGGCAGUACAUCAGCGGCGAGCGCCUUUUGCCGAGCGGCGUGUCCGUGACAGCGGUGACGCUGAAGGAGACGCCCUGGGACAGCGAGGACCUGGUGAGCCUGUUCAAGUUCGGACGGCAGCUGCUCCAAACCUUCCACAGCUUUGGUCGGUUUCCGCGGACCUCGGCCACGGAGCAGAUCCACUACAUUGGGAAGCUGCUGGAUUCCAUGUUCGGAUCGAUCACCUACCGAGAAAAGAAAAUCACUUGGAUCAGCAACCGCGCCGCGACGCACUUCUCCAAGCAAAAACUGCAACAGGGUGAUCUUCUCAUCCAGGAGAUUAACGCCCAGGAACGGGGCGGUGGGGUCUCCUCGGGGACGAUGAGCAAAGACGAUCUCCUCUGCGCCGAAGUACCGGGCGGCUCAUCUGCGGGCCGGCCCCGGCGCGUUUCCGAGAGCAAGAAACCAGAGCAGCAGAACACCGUGGUUCCGAUUUUUGCGUGCACAACUCCGAAGGAAGAGGACGUGGUGGGCUUGGUCUUGUCCCUCUAUUUCCGCCGCGAGCGGUUGCCGGAGCCGCAGGAAGUUUUGCUAUGCACGGAGACCACGCAAGUCGAGGAAAUCGAGAUCUUGAUUCGCAGGUUCAUUCAGGCGAGGUUGCACAAGAGGGAAAAGUGCGUCUUCUGCAUUGGCAACAUCCAGCUGCUGUCCUACCAGAUCCAGUGCCGCGCGGUAGAGCUGCUGGGCGUGCUGUUGUCGGAGUACGGUGUGGCAAACGCUGCCGCGCUUGUUCUGGUGAGCGGAAGUCCCAACCAAAUGCUCUUGAACGCAGCCACGUCGCAGUGCGGGGUGCAGUACAUCAACGUGAGCAAGCUUUCGCCCAACGAGUUGCAGCUGUGCCUGAAGCAUGCGGUCCCCUCAGUUUCGGCGGCCUUCGGCCGGGACAUCAACGGCUGCGGGAAAACGGACUUCAUCUACCGCGAGGCCUUCCAGAUCCAGCACCACGCAAAGGAUGACAAGUUGUCCGUGUACCGCAAACUGGCUAUCCGCGAAAACACGGACAAGAGGGAAGUGAUCAACGCUGCGAAAUCAAUUCAGACCAGGCAGAAGCUCGAGGAGCGAGACGAUCGCGAUUUUGUCCGGCGCAACUUUCACCGGCACAAAAGGCGUCCGCAGUGGACGCCCCCGAGUGGCAGCGGGGCACGAAUCGCGGGCGCGGCGGCGAGCAGCAGCAAGGAGGCUGCUGGAGCGACUGGUGGUGCGGUGUCCGCAAGUGAGCAAGCCGCUGGAAUCAAGAGCGAGGCCGAGCAAGUGGGAGCGAAGGAAAAUGACGACGAUGCGAGCAUGCAAGAUGUCGCUGCGUCGGCCGCGAUGAAGAAUUUGGAUUACGACCACUUGAUUCAUGUGGAUCUCGCGCACGUCGUUCAAAAGCGCACGAACAUUGUGCUUUUCGAGCUUCUUUGUCUGGGAUGCAUUAUUGACCCCCUGUCCUCGCAAAUCUUCUUUCGCAGUCCGCGCGACCGGUACGUCGUGGAAAUUCCCGCCACCCCCGGGAAUCAGUUGAUGAACCACUUGUCUGUUUUACCGCUUCUGAAGAAAGAGCAUUUGACAGUCGACCUCGCGGCCUUGCAGCUCGACCAGCCACGGUUUCUGCAGCCAAACGAGGAUCGCGAGGGCAAGUCCGAAACCAAGCUGGACCCAAGCACAAGAACGCACUUCCUGCAGCUUGCGCCGAAUUACGACAUUCUGAUCACUUGCAAGUUUCUGCGCGCGUUAGACGGCGAGCGGUUUUUGAAGAAAAAGGAGGAGGACCCGAACGCCCACGACGACAAAGAGCUGCUGCGGGAAAGGAUCUCCACGGAGGAGUGUUGGCGCUUACUCGAGCGCUUUUGCUGCCAGGAGCGUACGCGCACCAAGCCCGACGGAACCACGGAACCGCAGCGCGAGCACCCGUCCUUUUUCACUUUCAAUCUGUUUGCGCGGUUCAUGCGGAAGCAGUUCGAUCGCACACGACAGUUCGCUUUGCUCACCAUGAACUUGUCUCGGGCAAUGGGGCUGAACUCCUUGCGGCACUAUUUUUGCUCCAUGCUGGUCAAGACCAGCGGCGAUUUUUCGUUGCGGCAAGUCCCGAAAUACCUCACGAUGGACGAGAUGCGCGCGGACGCAGAUGACGAAGCGGUGUUGGCGGAACUCUCUCCGAAAAGGGCCUUCAGCUCCUCCGUAGCUAUGGACUCCACGCAAGCCGCGCCACCAGCUUUGGAGCUCGCAGCUGCGCCCUCGUCCGGAACAGGCCCUGCAAGCAUGGACGUCGACAGCGAUGCCGCGAAGCAGGACGGCGCGAAGCAUUCUGACCACGAGCCCGCCAACCCCGCGAACCCAGCGGACCUGCAAAGCGUAAACGCAAGCAGCGCGCUAGUUGCGAAGCGGAGCGUUUCGCGCAGUAGCGCCGUGCCCCGCGCGUCUCAGCAGCAACAGGGCGGUGGCGGUCGCCAUUCCAUGGUGGAUAUGCGCAGUCGGCAGGAAAUGACGGAACACGAAGCCCUGACGUCCGAGCUUGGCCGCGAUCGUCUUGGCGUCGGGAAGGUCUCAGCAACAAACAUGGUGGAGCGCUUCGAGGGUAUGAUGAAUUGGGAGGGCAAGGACCAUCCGGUGUCUGUGUUCAAAUUGAACAAGGGCAAGGUAUCCGGGAUCGACAUCGUGUCGCUCAACGAGAAAACCGUGGAGCAAAACCUGAAAAUGGACCGCACCUUCACCCGUUCGCUUGACAACAACGGCCUCCGGGUCUUCAAGGACUGGAGUCAGGCGAGUGCCGAUGAGUGCGGAAAGCUGAUCCGUGCGGCAAAAGGUAUCCCCGACUUCGCCGGUUCCGGCACGUCGCCAGCUGGCACGAAUGCAGGAGGGAACGGAACGGCACAGAAUAAGGCGGCACUGAGUGACUUGCAGAAGAUCGUAAAGAACUACGCGCAGCAAAAGGGCGGCCUGUCGCAUCGCACGCUGGGGCACACGCAGUACGUUUUGACUAUUGACAACCUGCUGAAGAUUUUGUCCAUUUUGCUGCGCAUGGAGUACGGGCUUCCGGCCAUUAUCAUGGGGGAGACUGGUUGCGGCAAGACAGCCCUGGUCGAGUUCAUUUGCGACAUGCUGCGGUUCCCCUUGCGAAAACUCGACUUGCACGGAGGUAUCACGGACGAGGAAAUCACGAAGUUUUUUCAAAGCUGCAUUCAAUCGGCGAAGGCGCUGCCGCAGGACCAGUAUUUGGUUGCUUUCCUGGAUGAAAUAAAUGCGGCGAAUUGCAUGGCCCACUGCAAGACCCUGAUUGUCGAUCGCUUUGUCGAGAAUGAGCGGUUGCCGCCGAACAUCCGCAUUGUGGCCUGCUGCAACCCCUACCGGUUGAGGAAGAAUAUCGAGAGCGAGCAGAUGGGAUUGGUCUACCAGCACCACUUUGCGGACGGGGGCAUCGUGUCGAAGACAGACCACAUGAAGAAGCUGGUCUACCGUGUCCACCAGCUGCCUGAGUCCUUGAUUGACCUGGUUACGGACUUCGGCGCUUUAACGGACCGCACCGAAGCGCUCUACAUCGACGCGAUUCUUCGCCGCGAGUUGCCGUUGGUGCUCACCCGCGAGCUGGAAGCCAAAUUGCCAGAUAUGGAGAACGACGCACGACGUGAGACCGCGAUUGGGAAGGUGGUGUUCCGGUACGAGAACUUUUUGACAACUUUUGCGACUUUGCUCCGAAAAUCCCAAGAAUACAUUCGUCAAAUCUCGAACAACGAGCGGUCGGUGGUCAGUCUGCGCGACAUUGCCCGCGCCUCCCGCGUCUUUCGCUGGUUUCUAAGGCACUGCACGAAGCUACAAGAGCAUCCCGCCACUACACCGACGCCAGGAGCAGGAGGCCCGGGGUCUUCAAGCUCCGCAUCAGGCGGGUCAGCUACUUCCGCGGCCGGAAGUGCAAACAACAAUGCCGCGUCCUCCUCAUCAGGCGCAGGAGCCUCGCAACCAGCAAGCGCAGCGGCCACGGCGCAAGCGCAUGAGCCGAGUCUGGUUUUUGGGAUUAGUUCUCCCGCACUGCAGCAGCAGCAGGUGGAGGCCGAGGUGCUGGCGCGACAAGCGGAAGCAGAGAGAGACGUGGAGAUGGGUGGGACCACAGGAGGCAACAAGUCGCCCACAGCGAGCAAUAACAAGAAUCGGCCCGUUAGUGACCCGGAAGACGGACCGAUUUACACUUCACUCACCGGCAGCAAUUCGGCUCUCGCUACCGCAGUUUUGCUCACGCUUGGCUUUUGUUACCAUAGUCGCCUCGCCCGGGAAGACCGCGAGGGGUAUCACCGUCACCUCUGGAACGCCACGAAAGCCGAGGAAAACAGUGCCGCGAAGGAAGGCGAAAUGUUCCCCGACCAAACCCGGCUUCCGCAUCUGGGCAUGACCUGGCUGAAGCUGACGAAGGAAACCACGUUUCUGCAGGUGCUGGAGAAGACGCAAAAGCAGUUUGUGAGCCUGAUGAAGCUCGGCGAGGGGAUCGCUCUGAACGAGGCGCUGCGGGAAAACUUGUUCAUGCUGUUGGUUUCGGUGAUGAACCAAAUUCCCAUUUUCGUGAUUGGCAAGCCGGGGUGCAGCAAGAGUCUGGCGGUAAGCAUUUUGCAGGACAACUUGAAGGGGUCCGUUUCUGACCAGCCGCUGUUCAAGCAGAUGCCGGCCAUCGAGGUCUUGCCGUACCAGUGUUCUCCCCUAUCCACGGCGGACGGAAUCCAGAACGCGUUCGACAACGCACGAAAGUACCAGGGCGGUGGCGAGGGCAAGUUGAAAACCAUUGUGGUGGUGCUGCUCGACGAGGUCGGGCUCGCCGAGGAGUCGCCGCACCUCCCGCUCAAGGUCCUGCACAAGGAGUUGGAGCGGCCGGGCAAGGGCAUCACCUGCAUUGGGAUUAGCAAUUGGUCCCUGGACGCGGCCAAAAUGUCGCGUGCAGUCCACCUCUACCGGUCGCCGCCGACAAUCGAGGACCUCACGUUGACCGCCGAGGGGAUGAUCCAGACCGCGCAGCUCCGGAUGUACCUGAAAUCACUCGCGGAGGCCUUCCACGCCAUCUAUCAGAACCAGCCCAGACAAGAUUUCUGGGGGUUGCGCGAGUUUUACAGCACGGUCCGCGUGGUGAACGGCGAACUGAAGCAGCGCGAGAAGCGUGGCGAGCCGCAGUCGUUGGAUGCGGACUGUCUGAUGAAAACGGUUCUGCGGAACUUUGGCGGGUGCGUGCAACAGGACAUGGAGCGCAACAUCGAAAAUUUCUUUCGGAAGGUCGGCAUGCGCGCGGAGGACGGAAAGCGCUACAGUGUCGUGGAACUCAUCCAGCAAAAUUUGGAGGAAUCGGAUGCGCGGCACUUGAUGCUGCUGACCAAGAACAACAGCGCGCUGCGCUUGCUGUUCGACUCCGGCGUGAUAUCGUACGAGCAGGAGACGGAGAUUCUGUUCGGCAGUAGCUUUCCGGACGACCAGUCUGAUGUGAUGGUCGCGACCAACUUGAAUCGUAUUCGUUCCGUGAUGACCAAGCCGAUCCAACUCGUGCUGAUCCACUGCGACGCCCUGUAUGAGUCCCUGUACGACCUGCUGAACCAGCACUACAUGGAGUUCGGGGGGCAGCGCUACGUCCGCAUCGCCCACGGUUCUUCAAGUAAACAGUGUCCUAUUCACCACCAGUUUCGCGUCAUCGUGAUCGUGGAAAAAGCCGACGCCUGGACGCGGCUGGCUCCACCGCUGCUGAACCGCUUCGAGAAACAAAUCUUCCUGCGCUCGCAGCUGCUUGUCGCGAAAGAGGACCGAGUGCUGCUCGACCGGUUGAACGAGUGGCUCACGCUGUUGGCAAAAGAUGUGCUCACGCAGCAGCAAUCCGGGGUUGCGGAAAAGAACAAGCAGAAGCUGAAACUGGAAAACGAUGAGGAGAAGCUGCGCGCUGUCAAGAAGCGAUGCAUUCCCGGCUUUCACUCCGAUAUCUUACCGUCGCUGGUUGUGUCCCUCCGCCGUUACAACGUGACCGGGCUCGACACCACCGGUCUAUCGCCCACCCCACAGCUGGCGCAAGUGGACCAACAGCUAGACCGGUUGGAUGAUGUUGAGCAAAUCUCGGUAGUGUCGGACAACAAGAAGUUCGACGCCUCCUCGUCCAACUUGACCCUCGCAGAAAAGCUGGGGCGCGCGCUGCACGACCUCACCUGGGUGCUCACACCCGAGGCCGUCACGGCCCACAUGGCGGCCGUCCAGGCCGGCACGUCGGCGUGCUUCUCGAAGUUCAAUCCGAAGACGCACCCGAGCUACCCCAACGUGGGAGAGGAAUACUUUCGCUCGCAGCAGCAUGGGGAUCUGAAGCAGUUUGUGGAAGGCAUAGAGCAGGCGUAUGCGGAUCAUGACGGACGUGGUGCGCAGCCGUUUUUCCGCGCAGGUGGAGGGGGCGACGAGGACACCAACGGCCAGGACGUCGAUAUGGUCAUCAUGGACGAGCAGGGUGAUGCCAUUAUGGAGGAUGUGUCCGUUAAGGCCCAGGACGGCCACGACUCCGCCUCGAGCGCCGCGAGCACGCGAAACUUGACGACUUUGGACGGUGGAUCCGAAAUUGCGGCCGCUCUCGGGGGUGCUGGUGCUUCUUCUAGAGCGGCUGGCGGAUUCAAAAACAACGUUCUCUUCGAGAUGGCGGCGCAGCAGCCACUAGGCACGCAAAUCAUGUGCAUGACCUACACCCCGAUGAUCGGCGGCUCCGUGUUGGCGGACGUGAUUCGGACCGAGGGGCGACCGGUGCACCACUUCUUACUGCACACCCUAUCCAGUGCGUCGGAGCUGGAUCAAAAGGUGAAGGACUUUUACCAGUCCUCGUCCAGUAGUGACAGCGCAGGGCAGCUGCCGCGGGCUGCCGGGGAACUACAGAGCAGUAGCGGUGCCGAGGACCACCAGGAUAACCCGGCUGCAGCAGGCCAGAAAAAGCCCAUGAAACAGGAUUCGGGCGACAGGAAAGUGAAAGAGUUCCUUCUCGGGCAGGAAGAAACAGCAACUGCAAGUGCAACCACGACCACCUCUCAUCGGCAAGAGCACCACUACCUCCUAAUCGAAGCGGACCCGAUCGCAAGUUCCGAUCGCCAGAUUGAACACUGUAGGUGCAUCUGUGAGAAAGCGGAACACUUGUACAGAUUGCGGUGUGCGGAAGAAAGAAAGCAAGCUCUGCUCGCCUCUUCGCAACUCGUUAAUGCGGAAGGGAAUGCUGCAGCUGGUGACAUCAACCAAAGCGGUGGCUCGUUACUACGCUCAGGAGCAGGAGAGCGGCCGCCGAAAAAGCAUAUUCUGUUGGUGAUCCAUCUUUCCAUGGGGCGAUCGUCCGGGCUGGGUAGCAGCAAUUUUCUGCUUGAUUUCGACCGUCGCUGGCGCGCGGUCUUCAUCGACAGCGUGAAUCUUGCGGAGCGGUCCGGACUCCCGGACUUGACGCAGAUGCUGAACCGGAAUCUGCGCGAUGUGUUUCAGCUGGUGGACUUCCAGUACGUGCUGACCAACCAGUGUCUCCGUCCGUCCCUAGCCCGACUGAUCUAUCCCUCCCGGCGUGCGGCCAGCGCACUCACGCAGCAAAUCACCAUGCUGCUCUUCUUGUGCCAGAGUGGCGACUUCGUUUCCUUGGUGAAGAACCUGAUCGACCUGGUGCUGGAGAAGUUUCAAGCGGAAGAGGACAAGGAACACAACAAGAAGGUGCAGGCGGAGCAGCAGCGGAUCCUGAAGCAAACCGGUAACCAAAGUGUGAUGAGUCCCCGCUUGGAAGACAGCAAAUUGGCCGAAGAGAGCUACAGUCUGGCGCUGCAGAACGUGGUCAGGAAGGCUUGGUACGCCGACGACACUAGUGCGACGAGUUCCACCUUCAAGUCGGGCACGUUCUGCGGUUCCCUGCACAACCGGUUGCUCAGGAUCCUGCAGUCGUUGAUCGCAAAGAUGCUGGCGUUUCUGGACCGCAACCACGGACUGUCUCUCUUCAAAAAGUAUCCCUCGGUCAGCCUCGACCUGGCAGAUCACGUGAUGCAGGAUGCAAAUUGCAAACUGACCCUGGAUUUGCUGCGUUCCCUCACCAUCCGUGGCAACAAUGCGAACGAGACAGUGAACAACUUCGAGGAGGUUCUAAACGAUUCGCGAUCGGAGCGGGCACCCUUUUACGCCAUGUUUCCGUUUUCCUAUUUCGUCGUGCAGUCGCUCGAUCAGCGCAGGGUCUUGGUACAGAACCGACUGGAGUCCUCGACCGUUGCCACGGACCCUCGCAAGCUAGCCGAAGCGAUCCAAACCAACUACAGCCUUCCGCUGGAGCCCUUCUUUGCCAAACCCAACUGCCGAAUUAGCAACUUGCGCUACCUUCACGACUUGGUUGCAAUGUCCGUACCGCACACAAACUCACUGUCCCGCUGGAGCCAGACGCUGCUCUUGCUCGCCCUGAUUCGCAAGACUUUUAACGUGCGAAAUGCGGAGCUGGAGGAAGCACAGGAAGCGAUUAUAAAGAACGAGGAGUCUGUCACGCAGGACACCGACCUUCCGAUUCUAUCCUUCCCGGCGUCCCUGUUCGAGGUCCAGGUGGGUUACUGGUUGAACGAGAAGCGCAUGGUUUUUCUGAGUCAAAUUCUGUCCUGCUGCCCGGCGGCGAUCGCGCCCGUAUUGAACUGCAUCCAGCAGGAAGUCGAGUGGGACCAAAGGGAACAGCAAGCCAUGAUUGCCGCCUUCGGGAGCGCGGGGUCCGCCACCGCACAAGCCUCCCUGCCGUACACGCAAAACCAGAAAUUGCUUGGGUUCAACGCCUUGUUGGCUUCCAUAGUAAUCGAUCACCUGGUUGCCGAGUUGCGGCAAAUGGCGGCCUUCCGGGAGGACGAGCAGAGUAGUACCACGGCCACUUUCAAAACUUUCACCGAGUGGACGGAACGUGCGCAAGGGCUGUUGCAGCACAUUCAGGAUUUACUGCAAGAUAGCUACCUCUUUCAGGCGAGCAAGGUCGACGCCUCGAACAGAGUUAGUACGUCCAAUGGCGCGGUCAAUGAAGGGGAGGCGCUGCAACAAGUCUACAUUCUCCUGCAAAACCGCAUCAGUUUCUUCCGGAAUAUCAAGGUGUUGAAGUUGGAUCUGCUGUGCCAGCUGGUGAAAAAGCUCGCGCUCGACUGUCACAUCUCGCACUUGGUCGACUUGUCCCCCGUUUUUGCAUUUACCAAAACACGGGACCCUUUUGAUAAGUCGGAGAACAGUGCCGAGACCCCCGCGGAAGCGAGCAAGCUGCACUUCAAGAACAGCUUCCGGGACAUUCGCACAGUGGAGCAAAUUUUAAUCAACUUUCACGACGUCCUGAAGAAAAACGCCGAGUACGUGUGCACCACGAACUUCUACGCCUUGGAGCGGGGCGGCGGCGGCAUUGACCUGACGACGGCCACAGCGUUUCGGAAGCAGGGGUCAAAAACGCUGUUCGACCCCCCAAACCGGGGCGGGGGCCCGGGGGGGCGCGGUAACAGCGCUCACGUGACUUUGUCGAUGCAGAUGCGGAAGAAGCUGGGUGAAGUGCUAGAGUGGUUGUACCUAGACGGUUGGCUUCUGUCUGAGCAGGAGAAUGACUACCUGCUGUCGCAUCUCCCAACCGAUUUGCUGAAGCACUUGUGCUGCCACGCUUCCGGUCGCCCGUGCUGCAUCCGACACAACACGCUGGUCGCACACGAGACACACGACGCUGACUCCAUCGCGUUGCUGCCUGGCGUAGUUGCUUCUGCCGGUUCAUCUUCGGGCAGCGGCGCGGGAGCGUCGUCUUCGUCCUCGAGUCACCAGCCCCAAGGUAUUCUUGGCAUGGAUGCCGUGCCGUGCAGCACCACCUUCACGUUGGCACUCCUCCGCAAACUACGCAGAUUGGGGUCGCCAAUCAUUGAGCAAGAGAUUCGCAACAUGCUUCAGCGCGCCCAGGAGAAGAACAAGGAACAGUGCCGCGACACCCAAUUCGCGUGGUCUGUCGCCAUUGUGGAAGAGGAAAUGGCGCGGGACCGGCUAGCUGCCUUGCUGGAGAAGCACGAAGGAAGUGGUAGCUCUUCCACCAACAGUCACCGAGCUUCGUCGGUUAAGUCGAACAGCAGCCCGCCCUCGGGGGCGGUUGACGGGGGAAACAGUGCUUCGCCGCCGGUGAUUCAGAUCGAGCGGCCGCUGAAAAGGCUCAAACUCGCAGUGCCAGACGAGGAAGAGCUGGACCUAAAUAUUCACAAGGAAAAGGCGACCGCACCACAUUUGCAUAGAUACUUCUACUGCGCAACUACAAGAAAAGCCCCAUGUCCAUACUCAUAUUUAGCUCCGUCCUAAAAAGGACUAACCUGCUAAAAAAAAGGCUCAUUCACCCUGCCGCCAUUUUUCACGUGAACAGAUUUUAGGUUUUACCUAUGCGAUGGGGUGCUAGUGGUCAUUUUCUUUGUGAUACUGAUGACCGCGUACAUAGAGCUGGGCCGUUUGUACAAAGAAGCCGAAGAAAACCCAAAGAAGCUGCUGGAAAAGCUGCGGGGCGUGGCAAAGUUCCGUGCCUACCUCUUCCACUACAUGGCCAACACGCGCGCCAUAUCCUUUGCAAACUUUGUGUCGUACUAGUAGAAAUCGCAUGGGAAAUUAUUUCCCCAGCAUGAGAAAUGAGAUUCAAAAUCAAAUUUGUAUAUGCGGACUUAAGCUUGUGAUUAUAAAGAUGAAAGAAAAUUUAGCUUUAGGCUCCGAGUCGUGCGAUACUAGUAUUGCAAUGCAUACGCCGAGUACCUUCGCUUGGAGCAGUUUGGUCCGGGACCCGAGGCCGCAAUGCAGCAGCGGACCAUUUCCGGGUUGUCGGUGCAAUCGUUUUCUGGAGGUAUCUCAAUCUCUAACUUUCCGGCACAGGUUUUGAUGGAGACUUUCCAGAAAUUAGCUAUAAUAAAAGCUGCACAUCGAGUUCGUUUCAGUAGCUGCGCAUUCGGUUUGGCUUAGGUCGAAGUACAUGCGCAGCAAGCGUAUGCAUGUUGUCACACCAGUAAUUGAUAAAAGUAAAACUGAAUCAGAUUCAGCCAGCCCGGUGAAUGUGAACGGCGGCGUGGUGGGCACCCGCAUUGCGAAGGUCUGCGAAAACGAACUGCUGGACCAGGACGAGAAGUCGAUUCUUCCAAGCAGCAAGACGCGGGAGCCAACUUUUUUCAUUCGCUCAGCCCGGAUGCUGGCGCUGAAGCAGUGGGAACGCGUGGGCGGAAGCUCCGAAUUGCAACGGGCAAUGGCGGAGGCGCCGCUGUUGAACGUGCCUUGGUUUGACAAGUGGCGCAACGACGGGCAGGCCCAGGACCUAACUGGGUACAUGGGCGGGUCUAAACUCCCGAAAUGGUUGCCGUACCAGGACUUCAACCGGGAACAGGAGUACCAAAACGCUGAGACCGUCAUUAGCGGGUUUGCAGUGCAUCUGGAUCAGUCUACGCUCGAAGAGCACCUACGAAACGUCACGCGGUUUCCUCAGGACACACAGCGCCGCCUGGUCGGUGCCUUGGCGCUUCGUCUGAGUCGCUGCGGGCAGGAACGCGCGGUACUAGUUUUAGACGAAGCGGUUACAGUUUGUUGUUAGUAUCAAUAUGACGACCUUUAUUCACGUUCGAAACUUCAUCUUUUUACCUGCUUAGGGCAGUUUGCAAUUUGAAAGAUACUUGUGUUGCAGUCAAGACCAAAUGAUGUUGAAUGUAGAGGAUCUUCUUCAUAAUCAUAGCGAUAACGAUAUUCAGUACUCUGCUGCUGCUGGCAUAUUUAAAUCUUGACUUUUAUUUCUGAUCCACAUAACACGCAGGUUACAAAGCCGACAAACUACGAAGAGAAAUUGGCACAGUGGGCGCGGAUGAGUCAGUCCUUCAACACGAAUUCACCGCUUUCAGCAGCAUUUCCUCCGGGAUACCUGAAUAUUCUGCUCUACUUCCUCGGGGAUGAAACGCUGCGCAACCUGUACCAACAGAAGCAGCUGGCAAACGAGCAGAUAAUAUCCCAGUGGGAUUAUUUUUACCUGUCAACAAGCUCUACGACGGAGCAAAUCGCUCAGUUCCGCUUCCUGCCGCACUUUUUGUCGGUCGUGUGGAGUGCACCCAAAAACUCAGUCCUGUACUUCUUUCGAGAGCUCAUGGAAAAUCCCAAGCCGUACGCUGAAAAGGACGAGGAAUGCUGGCUUCCGGGAAUGGAGAUCGACAUUCGCGAGGUAAGCUCUAGGGACCGAAUGACUACGACGACAAGUAGUUGUGCCUUAGUACAAAUUGAUGUGUGAUGUUGUGUCCUGUGUAUCAUUCGACUGGUGACGAGGACGGUAUGAAAAUGAAUCUGUGACAGCGCUGCUGUCUUCAUUUUUGUGAACCCGGCGCGCGAUCUGUUCUUUUUCUUGCAUGGUAUGAAAAGUAUAGGAUCUUAGGACGAAAAAUAAAGGGCUCCUUGUCCAUACAGAGUCUUCAGCCGCCUAGAAACAACUAAACGAACUUCUCAGGUUUGCACGAGCGCAAUGAAGGACCACAAGCUAAGUAACAUGUCGCGGUUUUGCCUCUGCCCGAACGGACAUCCGUAUUACAUUGGGGAUUGUGGGCAGGCUUACACCCAGGCGAAAUGCCCGGAGUGUGGCGAGGACGUCGGUGGAUCGGCGCACAACCUGCUCGCUACCAAUAAACGCAUGUCGAACGACGACGAAUCCGCUCCGGGUUACACGCACAACGUCAGUUUCGAUGCUUAUGAAGAACAAAAUUCGCGGAAGCCGAAGGGGAGCAACAAAGAUUACUACUCCGCGCGACGGUCUCUGACAACCCCGAGUUACGUGUGCGUGACCAGGUUGCUGACCCACGCGGCGAUGUGGUGUGGGCUGGUGAUGCGAAGCAACCAGGUGCUCGAGGGCGUCAUGCAGACGGGAGGCGCCGCCCAGCAGAGUACCGCGGCGUCCUCCUCAUCCUCCGGGCAGCAGACCGGCACCUUCUACGCAAAAAUUGUGAAUAAUGAGUACGUGCGUCCCGAACUGGUGAGAAACGAGAUGAAAUGGGUCCGCCACCAGUUGGUCCUCGACUGGAGGCUCUUGUGCGAGUUUCUUUCCAGCAACGGAGAGGAGGUGGCGAAGUUUUUGCACAUCCUCAUCGAUCGAAUGUACCGCCAACCCGAGCGAGCCAACAUGGGUAGUGCGAACCAUGCGAAUUCCGAGGUGGAGACACAGGAGUGGCGCAUCGGCAUUGAAGAAGCGAGGCGCAACGAGCUGUCGGAAGUUUGGCAGCUCCCGUACUCUCGAGACAAACGCAAGCAGUGGGAGACCUGCUUCGUCGGGGCCUACUUGGAGGAGCUGGUUCCCACGUCCGGUUUACGAAAAGUCGAACUGACGCAAGCAGACCAACGCUGGCAGAACGUGGACGGGCCAUUUCUGGUUGAACUCAGGGAAAAUUACGAUAUCAGGUAUACCGACUUCUUAGGCUUGUUGAGUAAGGGAAAUAAAGGGAUUUAGCAUGAAGAGAUUGAUUAUAACUUUAAUUCUCUCUGCCGAGCGCGGGCUUCCUUUGUUACAUUUGAAAUGUGGUGACAUCACAGAAAGAGAAACGAGAAUGACAAUGAGGCUCAAUGUGGUCCUCGGAAAUUUCUUUGAUGUACAUGUAUGUCUAUGUGUGAUUUUGCGACGUACAAAGGGGAAUCGGUGAAAAAAUGUGAAGACCACGUACGAGUAAAAAAAAAUGUAAAAAAAAAUCAAAAUCUUCAUGCUGAUCGAAAACGAAAACAGCUCUUAUCCACUCAAGAAGCGGCACCAGGAGGAAACGCUGCUCUGGUCCUAUCGAUCCGACCCGACGCUGGAAGUGCUGCAACAGCGCACCACGGAAGCCCGGAACCCGAUUCUGUCACACCUGUUCAAGAUUUACACCCAGUUCGCCUGCCUGGAACACCUGUCGGACGUGCUGAAUUUUCAGCGGUACGUGACCUCGUUUUAUUCGCACCGGAAAACGAAACAAGAAGCGCAAAAAAUGACGGUUGCCGACAUGUUCGAAGAGGUGAGGAGGGGGCAUUUUGCGAACAACAACGCGGUGAAUCACGUGAUAAACCGCACCGACAGCAGUUCGUCCUCCUCGAGUAGCAGUGCUGGUGCAGGUGCAGUGCCUGGAGCUGGCCAACAUCUGCACCAGGCAGCCGGAGCAGGGACGACGGUCACGAGCAGCGCAGCAGCGGGAGCAACGUCCUCUGGUUCACCUGCCACUUCUUCGUCGGCGUUGUUGCUGGAGAACUUGGAGAGGGCCUUCCAGGGCUUCGCAAGCGCUUGGAAUGCUGGAUUCGGGUCGUGGAUCAAGCGUUGGGAGUGUUUGGACGUGCCGGAAGUGUAUUUGAACACGAAGAUGUCGCUCGACACGAAGCUCAUCUUCUGCCUCGCCUCCGAAACCGACGAGGGAAUCUGCUCUCUGGCCCUCGUCCAGAGCAUGUGUGAGGCGCACAACGCGUUUUUGGAUCGCAUCCGCGAACAGGAGAAGGACCUGGUGCGGCAAAACUACAAGAUCAACCGACGGAAGGAGCAACAAAUGAACGGGCGCAACAGCGCCGGAACAAAUAAGCCAUCCUACGUGGAUGAGGAGGACGCGCUGGACGAGGAGGAGAACAUUAAUUCGCUGUUGCAGGAAAUCGACGCGAAAGAGAUCAGUACCCGGGACGUGGUGCAGCGCAGCGACUGCCUCUCCUUCCACCUGGAGGAACUGCUCGCUUGGGUCAAGGACCGCGCCUGCAAAUUCGUCGAGGGCGGCAGCAUCGACUUCGACAUGGACAAGAUCGAGCAGUUUCUGGUGGAAACAUUCCAGUCCAAGCGGAAGGUGAAUCUGGAGCUGAAACUGGUGCGGUUUACCUUCCAGGACGCCAAUAAGUUCCGGAGCAACCUGACGGCUUUAAAGGCGCGCGUUGCCUCCCUCAAGUCGGUCAGCAGUCUGAAGCCGUUAUCCCCGGAGGACACAACGCUGCUGCGUGACCACUUCGGCAACAACCCGCAGUUUGCCGAGGCCUUCCAACGAAAUCUAGACCUCGUGGCAAAUCUGUUGCUAAAAACGUUGGACGUGUCCUCGUCUUCGUCAGGGGCGGGCGGCAACAAUAAACCAGGAACACCAAGGACGGCGCAGCAAGAGGAGAAGCCGCAGGCCUCCAUCAACUCCCAGCUGUAUUUGGAGUACUGCCAGACGGUGCUCAUGUUGGACGAGAGCCAAAUUCAGGAAGCGUGCGGGCUGGCAGCCAUGCCGGUUGUCAGGAGAUUGAAGGUGCUUCAAAUUGUGGACGUACUCGAAAUUUUGGAAAAUCUCGCGUCAGAUUUGUUUGACAAGGUGCCCAUUCAAUUCAAAACACCGCUUCCGGAGGAGCUCAAGGCGGUGCUGGAUGAAAUGAAGGUAGAUGUUGACAUUUUUGAUAAAAAUGAUGGUGUUAGUUUUUUGCAUCAGAAUCAAAAUCACGAAGAAAAACAAAUUGGAGUGUCUCGUUUAGAUUAGUAUGUGUGCUAGCACUGCUACACUUACCGCUAGAAGUUGCAGACAAAGCGGAACAAGCAUGCGUCCUUUAUUCUUCAUGGUGGUUGCAAUGGCAUCGAAAUCAAUUCAAUCACUUUUUACAGCCGAAUGUUGACGUGCCGGUCUUGUUGAACGCCUUGAAGACGUACAUUGUGGAGAAGAUGCAGUUUGAGACUAAGGCGGGCAACGACCUGAAGACCUACUUAAUGUACGUCGAACUCGGGAAUGAGGAGGACGAAACUCUCGAAGAUAAGCCCUGGUUUGACAUGUAUUUUCCGGCAUCCCUUGAGCACAGGCACGUUGUUGCGAUUCACAACUACCUCGACGACGAGAUAGACAAAGUAGCUGGGGAAGACGACAGGGACGACGAGGACGAUGCUGAUGUGUUAGUACCAUCAAAGAAGAGCGGUGAAGGCGCUUCCAAAAUUGGUGAGGAUGUCGAGAUGGGCGGGGUGACGCCAAACGCGCAACCAAAAACGGGCGGGAAAGAAACGCUGCUUCCUCCUGCGUGAAUGAAAGACGUUUUCACGAGCUUCACCUACUUGUAGCUUUUGUCCAUCGUAGUUCCAGCAUUUUUGAGAUAAUCCUCCUCCUCAUCCUCUGUAAAAGAAAAUCUGGUCGUAGCCAAAGAAUUCUAAAGUCAGACGAGACAGUGGAUGUUGUUGAGCUUUGUUUUAUAUCGAGCCAAGAAGUCAACUUGUCAGAAACAGGUCCUACUAGUUUCCACGGCUCUACUACCCACGGAUUUUUUCAGCGUCUCGCAGGAGCGACAGUAGCCUUUUCUUGAAAUAGCGCUACGCAAGAGGUGAGUCAUCGCGUUUCCACCUUUUCGCAUGAACACAAAGAAACAAGUCAACUUGCGUUUUUGGGGUCGUCUCUAUUCUCAUUCUGCAUUUUUCAUUAACGAAAAAUGAAAGAAAAUCUUGAAAGGCAUCUGCAGAGGCGCGGCUGCGCACGCAUUUUUCAUUUUUUGUGCCAUUUCGAAUGCAGUCGCGGUUGUCCUCUGACAAGGAUGUUGCGAAUUAAUGAACAGAAAAUUUUUCCAAAGACUUUUUCAAUGGUUAAGAUUAGUCACGUGCUUGUGGUUCCUUCGUUGAUUUGUUUUUGUUGACAGAUGAUCGGUAGAACAAUGACGAAUUUAUUUCGUCCUCGUAAGCAUUUUUGAAAUUUUUACAUAGAUUUGUUUCUAUCCGGGCCAUCAUGUUGCUAUGUGUGCCAUACAUGAUGCUGAUGCCGGUCUUCAUGUACCCACGACUGUCUGUGUGGCUAGGCUAUUUCUGGGUGUUUUGAAUUUGAUGUAGACCCACUCGUAUAGUUUUUUCUAUGUAUGAGCAUGUCCGCUCUGGUUAGGUGUCGCGAAGCACAAUGAAUUAUCAGCUUUACGAGCGCGAAUGUCGUCCUCGCUCCAAGAACCCGCAAACUAGCCAGCAAUAUCAGCAAUCUAUAGCUAGACUGAGAGUUCUUAACAGUGUUGAGAGAGGAGGAGUAAGAGGAGGUUGCAAACGGUUUUUGG